AUGGGAAGAGACCUGAUGACACUGAAAGAGGAGAGUCAAGAACUCAUUGAAGAAGUUAACUUUCAUUCUGAAAAUACACAAAAAAGAGCUCAAAAGACAGCAAAUAGAAGUUAUUUCACCUGCCAACAGUGUGGAAAGAGUUUUACUGAAAAAUCAAACCUUAAUGUUCACAUGAGAACUCACACUGGAGAGAAACCUUACACAUGCUCUCGGUGUGGGAAAAGUUUUGCAUAUAAACAACAUCUCGAUGACCACAUGAGGAUUCACACUGGAGAGAAGCCUUACACCUGCCAACAAUGUGGAAAGAGUUUUACUCAAAAAGGACACCUUAGAGACCACAUGAGAACUCACACUGGAGAGAAACCUUUCACCUGCAAACUGUGUGGAAAGAACUUCAUUCGAAAAUCAAACCUUAACAAGCACAUGAGAAUUCACAGUGGAGAGAAACCUUACACUUGCUCUCAAUGUGGAAAAAGUUUUACAUUUAAACAACACCUCGAUGACCACACGAGAAUUCACUCUGGAGAAAAGCCUUACACCUGCCAACAGUGUGGAAAGAGCUUCACUCAAAAAGGAAAUCUUAGGAAACACAUGAAGAUUCACACUGAAGAGAAGCCAUUUACAUCUGAUGGACAUAAAGUAGCUCUUUAACGUGUACUAUCACAACAGUGUGCUUAUUGUUCAGUGUGUCGUGUGAUUAACUGCUAAAUUCAAAUAUGCUUUCGUGCUUUGGCUGGUGCUGAGCCAGAGAUGGACGAGUUUAGUGCUUGUCAUAUC